UGACUCGACACGUUCGCUACCGCGGAAAUGGCGGCUCGUGCUCAUGACGUGGCUGCUCUCACCAUCAAAGGAAACUCAGCCAUCCUCAAGUUUCAUGAACUCGCAGAUUCGAUGCCUCGACCAGAGUCAAAAUCUCCUCGGGAUGUCCAAGCCGCCGCCGUGAAAGCCGCUGCCAUGGAAGUUCCCGAUCAACAAACAAGAUCUCAAUCACAUACAUCCUCUUCUUCUUCAUCUUCCUCCUCUUCGCUGUCGCAAUCUUCGUCGUCAUCGUUGGCGGAUUCUUCUUCCGAAGAACCGUCAACACCUAACGAACUCGGUGAGAUUGUGGAACUACCAGCAUUGGGAACGAGUUUUGAAUUACCCGACCCAGUUAAUAUGGUGUUUUCCGACUGGUUGAUGAAUGGCCUUAUUAUUCACACAGUUGGGAUCAGAUUUCAAUGCAUCAAGACAACUCUGAAAGUAUAA